AUGACCGAGGUAGAGAUAAUGGAGCGCUACCGUUUGAAAACGGACGGGAUUGCGACGCGCACGUCAACGGAACAGGAGAAUUGCGAGUCCAGCUGCAGCCUCUUUUUCUUUCCGCUUCCCGAGCUGCCACUGGACCAGCAGCUGCAGCUGCAGCAGCUGAGCUUUAUCAACACGGAUCUCGAGCCUCUUUUAAUGCGCGAAAAGCACGUUGCCUAUUUGAAACGUGGCCUCACGCGUCUUUCCUCGGGUUUUGUAUCUUUGGAUGCAAGUCGACCGUGGAUCAUCUAUUGGAUCCUUCACGCUCUAGAUCUCUUGGACGCGCUUCCAGUAGAAGAAGCAACGCGUGUCAUUGAAACGCUAAAACCUUUCUGGGACGACGACCACAGUGGAGGAUUUGGCGGCGGACCCAAGCAGUUGGGUCAUACAGCCACCACUUAUGCGUCAUGUCUGACACUUGCUUUGCUUGGGACUCCCGAGUCAUUCGAGGCAGUGGACCGACAGGCACUGUAUCGGUUCUUUUUGUCAAGGAAGCAUGCGGCUACGGGAGCCUUCACGGCUCAUGAUGAAGGUGAGGUGGAUGUCCGUGUGACGUACUGUGUCAUCUCCAUCGCCAGUUUGUUUGGUAUCUUGACGGACGAGCUCCGGGCUGGUGUGGUGGACUACGUGCUGUCUUGCCAGACGUACGAAGGAGGCUUCGGUGGUGAGCCAUGGAACGAGGCUCAUGGUGGAUACGCGUUCUGUGCCGUCGCGACGCUCUACAUUCUCGAAGCCGUGCGUCAGAUUCGCGACCUACCUGGGCUACUGCAUUGGCUUGCGAACCGGCAAAUGCCCUUUGAAGGCGGCUACCAGGGACGGACCAACAAGCUCGUGGACGGGUGCUAUAGUUUCUGGCAGGGUGCUGUGCCAGCGCUUCUGGAUGAGACUGUGCGGGAACGGUAUGGCGACGACGUGGUUUAUCAAUGUCACCAGAGGCAGCUGCAAAAGUACAUUCUACUUUGCGGGCAGGAGAUUACAGGCGGCUUGCGCGACAAACCCGGCAAGCCACGUGACCACUAUCACUCUUGCUAUUGCCUGAGUGGCCUGUCAGUCGCGCAACACGGAGAUGGCAGAGGGGAACCCAUCGUGUAUGGAGAUGCCUCGAAUCUUCUCAAGCGCACUCAUCCUGCGUACAACAUCGACUACGACAAGGCUUUGAAGACGAUCGAGUACUUUCAGGCUAAAGGGCCUUUCCAGCCUGAGUAG